GAGACACAAGGCCUUUCUGGGUCGAUAAAAGUGCCGUUCAUUGUCUGGCUGGGUUGUCUCUGCCUUGUUCUCUGUCUCUUCUACAUCUGUCGCUGCUGGUGUCGUGACAUCCCAGUUGCAUACUCCAGUCACCGUCGCGUUGUCUGCUCGCAUUUGCAUUUGCAUUUAAUGACUCACGGCUUGCUUGUUAUUGCCUCAGGAGUGGAUGGUAUCUACUAUCAUCAACACCAAAGCGAUACUACCUAGCUAUACACUAUCAAUCGCUAGACCGCCAGUUCCGUCGAUCGACCCCACAGGUGAAUAUUCCUGUUUCGUGUCACUUCGGCUUGCCUUUCUCGCUCGACGCGUUCUGCCUUCCUCCUUCUCAGCAAUCCCCAGAAGCAACCAGAGCCCUGUCUACUACCCAGUGAGAUAUAUCCAUGGCCACUCUCACCAUGUCUCCCACCGUCCGUCGGCCGUUUGCCAGUCUCGACCGCACGCGUAUGUCGCUGUUGACGGCGAAAAUGAACCAGAGGAACGAACAGAAUGGCUGCGCGAAGUCAUGGAGGACCCAAACGGCAGCGGGGGAUAUUGAGAACGUGGAUCCCGCUACUCUUAAUAAACCUUCAAUGAAGCGGAAGCGUGGCUCGGAUGAGGAUGAGCUUUCUAUGAAAGGAUCGAAAGAAUCGCCCAAAACCUAUCGACUAACCACCUUGCCGCUCACCGAGUCCAAACAUGCUGUAUACAAGACGCCCUCGACCCCUGCAAAACCACGUCAUACCCUGAAACCUGCUGGUCGCUCCCCCAAGGUCAAGUCCUGCAAGAUCUCCACUCGUCGUUCGCCCAUCACCAAGGCUCGUCCCCAGCUACGCACUAAGAGAAGCGUGAUCCGUCCAUUUUCCAUUGCGACAGCCUUGUCUAAUGGCAAGCAGGCGACAAGGGCUCCCUCUGCUCCGGCGUCGUGGUUCUUUGAGAUCCACGUUGACUCGGAACAAGAUGAGAUGACUAAUCUCGUGCAGCACUCAACUUGCGUUCUCGACAUCAGUGACGAUGAGGGCAAGCAAAAGCGGGAAAGCCGUGGCAAGGAGAAUGUCCCGCCACAGGAAGUGGGCAUUGACCUUCCUAGGGCCCGUGAGCAGACCGGCGCAGCUGCUGGUGCUCACAAGAGGGAUAUGAUGGAAGACCGAUCCCCCUUGGCCGAGCUCAACGCUGCCGACUUUUACGGUGCUGGCUGCAAUGCCUUUUCUUGUGUGAUUAUCCAUGAUGACUCCGAAAAGGCGGUUGGGAUGAAGAAGCCUGCCCCUGCUCCUCUCCAAACCUCAGCUUCCCAGUUUGUUCCCAGAGCCGAACAGUCGGCUGUCCCCUCUAUUGUGUCUCUGCUAGAGACCACUGCAUCUGCGAAGAAUGCUGCCAAGCCGGCUAAGUCCUCUAACGCCCAGUUCGAAAUUCUGGAAGACGGUGCAUCGGACACCGAGAUACAUCCUGCAACCACCCAAAGUACUACCUCCUAG